AUGCUGAAGGUCUUUGACCAGGUGCUGAUACUCUUCCUGCUCCUCUUCCUCGCGAGGUGCCGACGGGUUGCCACGGGGUUUUCAGCCCUGCAGGCGCAGGUGCGCUAUCCAGCCCGUCGACUAGCUGGAGCUGUGGGCGAAACGAUUGGCCAGGCUCCGCCCGAGGCGCCGCCAGUGCAGCGCGACGCCGCGACGGCGGUGCGGCGCGACGCGCUGACGAUCUCCUGGGAGAUUCCGACGGCGACGCCGCCGGUGGAGUACAUGGAACUACAGCACGAUGAAGGAUUUGGUGGCAACUUCACGGUCACGCUGGCCAUCAGGUCCGAGUACACCAGCUAUCAGAUGAACGGUUUGCAGCCGGGCAGCACCUUUCGCUUCCGGCUCCGGGCGGUGAACGCCUACGGCGCCUCCAGCUGGAGCACCGAGAGCGCCUUGCUCGUCUGCGAGCCGCCCACGCCGCCGCAGGGCCUCACGGCGCAGUGGCCGCACGAGCGCGCGGUGCGGCCGCGGCUGUGUUGGACCGCGCCGGAGGAUGUGGGAGGUGGAGCGCACGACAGCCUGCAGAUCACCAGCUAUCGGAUUUGGAUGCACUACGAGGGUUUUCAGCGUUUGGUUGCGGAGGUGCCUGGAGACAAGACCUGCUAUGAGUUGGAUUUGCCGGAGCUCUACAGCACGACGCUGGCCUUCUCCGUGAACGGCAUCAACCAGGUGUACGAGGGUCCUCACACCAACACCGUGGAACUCACGACCACAGGACCACCGGGUGACAUCGUCUCCUUAGACGCCAAUGCCACGGGCACGCUGCUGUCCCUGCAGUGGUCGCCGCCCACCCACCGCGCCGUGCCCUGCGACGCCUCGCUGGCGGAGUGCCGACAGCUGCGGGCGCGCUUCGCGCGGGCGCCCGAGGCCACGGGCUACGAGGUCUAUUGGGACGAAGGCACCGGCGAGGUCCCGGCGAAGCUCUUGGAGACCUCCACGGUCCCGGCGGCGGAGCUGGACCUCUCCAGCUGGGUCACCCACACUCGCAGGUGCUUCCAGUUCCGCGUCCGCGGCCUCUCCGCCGGCGGCGCCGGCGCCUUCAGCGCGGUGGCGCCGGUGGCGCUGGGCGCAGCGCCGUCCGAGGUCUGGGGGCUCCGGGCGAUGCUGGCGCCGCGCGCGGGCGUGGUGCAGAUCAUGUGGCAGGAGAUCCAGCCUUAUGGCUGUGUUUAUUGGUACGAGCUGCAGCUCUUGAAUGUGGUCUAUGGCAACUUCUCCUUGAUCACCAGCGGAGUGGCGACGGUGGAGUUGGAAGAGCUCCACAGCUUGGAUUUGUAUCACUUCUCCGUCCGCGCCUGCGACGUGGGCGCCUGCGGCGCCUGGUCCGCUCCGCUGGCCCUGGUGCCCGCGCGGCCGGACUCGCUCUUCGGCCCCACAGCGGUCACGGCGGCCGGCUACGUGGAGGGGCUGCUGACGGUGUCUUGGGUUGCAGAGGCCUGGGACCGGGAGCCCUUCCUCGACACCUUCCAGGUGCUGGCAGCGUCCGAGGAGGAGGGGCCCUACGUGGACGUGGGCGUGGUGCCUGCGAGCGCAGCUCCACAGCUGAGCUUCGCGUGCAACGAGACGAACAUGAGCAACGCGCUGUGGCCCAGCGCCAUUUACGUGAAGGUCAUCGCCCGCGUCGCCACGCAGUGGAGCACCGAAGCGAUGGCCGCCGAGUCGGCCCCAGCGCGUCUCUUCUGCUCCGCCGCGCCCAUCGCGCCGCCCACCGCGCCGGUGCUGAGCCACACCGCGCGGCCGAGCGCGGGAGAGUCGCGGCUGAGCGUGCAGGGCAGCUUUGACGUGACGGUGGAGCUGUCCUUGGCGGGGCAGGCGCCGGAUGUCGUGGCACUCCACAGUGGUUGGCAGGUGCAGCUGGUGUGGAAAGCAACCAACGAAGUGGAGGAAGUGAUCAUCAGCGAUCCCAACGUGCGGAGCUACGUCUUCGAGGCGCUGCCGCCCUCGACGGACCUGGAGCUCGCCUACGGCGUCCGCUCGCUCGUGGGCGCCGGGCCCUGGUCGCCCGCGGCGGCGCUGCACGUGGGGCUGGCGCCCCUGGCGCCGACGGUGCAGGUCGAUGCCAGCGAUGAUGAGACCAUCAGCUUGUCAUGGACGUGGCAGCCCAGUGUCGAUGAGGACCGGCUCUUGGGCUUCAACAUCUACGUCGACUGGAUCGACGGGCACUUCUCCACCUGGGAUCCCCACGCACCGAGCUUCAGCACCACGGCCUCGGAGUACGUGGUGAACUGCACCCAGCCGGAGGUCUUCGGCGGCCUCAGCCGCUCGCGGCAGCGCCUGUGGUUCCGCGUGGCCGCCGUGAGCGCCGCCGGCGUCGGCGCCGCCAACGACCCGCCUGCGCUGCGGAUCUGCGGCGCGGCGCCGGGCGCGCCGGUGGCGCCAACGGUGCAGGAGGUGGGCGCCUCCUGGGUGCUGCUCGCCUGGACGAUCCCCGACCUGCACGGCGCGCCGCUGCUGGCGGCGAAGGUCACGGUCUUCUCCUCGGUGACGGUCUUCUCGUCGCGCGGCGCGGCGGAUGGGCUGGCGGAGAGGGAGAUCUGGCUGGAGAAGCCAGGAUCACUGCUGAACAUCAGCUCCAACCUCUCGCAGCCCCUGGAACUGGCCAUCUCGGCCAUCUCGGAGCUCGGCGAAGGCCCCCCUGUCGCCCUGGCUGAGCUUGGCGAAGCUGGCGCUGCCGCCGCUGCCGCCACGGCCCAGCAUCCAAUCGUCCAGCGACACGCAGAUCGUGGUGGAGUGGUCCUUGGACCGAGGCAAAGAACGAGGUGCUUACCACACGGGCUACUACGUCUACGUCUCGGUGGACGGCACCACCUGGCCGGACGAGGACACCGGCUACAUCGCCACGUGGCAGGACGAGUUCACCACGCAGUACACCAUGGAUUGCACGCUGAGUGCUUCCCUCGGAGGUUCCUUUGGUUCAAAGUGGCCGCUCGCAGCGCCGUGGGCCGUGGACCCCUGUCCACUGCCGUGGCACGCCGCUGCUCGGGGACUCCAUCAGCGCCGCUGAACCUCACGUUGAACUCCUCGAGCUUCGCCGCCGACGGCAUCGGAUGGAGCUUGAUCACCUGGGAGGAGCCCUCCGAGCUGCACGACGCCGUGCUCUUGGGCUACCAGGUCUAUGUGGACGCCAACACUGCUGAUGCACAGGAUCUCUACACCUUGCUGGACGUGAUCGAGGAUCCGGCCCAACGGCUCUUCAAGCACCAAGACGUGGUCCAAGGUGAGACGGCGUUGACGUGGACCCCGCCGGCGGUCCGGGCGGUCCAGUGGACGACGAUGAAGGUCUCACCGGCCCCUCUGGUCGUCUCGAACGCCGAAGGAACGUCCCAGGUCGAUGGCACCGGUCACAGCGCGCCAGGUCAAAGCUACAAGUACAAGGUCACCGCGGUGUCCGAGACCGGCGAAGGCACCGCGAGCGUGGUGACGCUGGUGCCCGCCGUGGUGCCCUUGGAGCCGCCGGCGCCGGUGUUGCUGGACGACUGCACCAUGGCGUGGUUGGCGGAGAACGGCACCACCAAGGCCUUGUGUUCGAUUGCACAGCGCUAUCAACUGGCAGUGGCCAGUGUCGAUCUCCGAGACAGUGCAGACAUCAACGCACCCCGCGUGAACCCCUUCGUCACGGUGGUCGCGGGGACCGUGAUGACCGUCAGCGAGGAGGUUUAUAGUGCUGAUGGCCGGAUCUACCUGAACCUGCCAGACUUGGGCGGAUGGCUCUGGGAUGACACGCCGCUGGACCCAGGAAAUCCCUUGGCCUAUCGUUUGCCCACCUUGAAGUUCUCCUGGACCUGGUACGACGACGAGGUCCGCGCCCUGGGUGGUCAGCCGCUCACGGCCUGGCACGUCUACCGCUCCGGCGACGGCGUGCAGUGGGACGCGGCCACGGAACUGGCGGCCAGCGCGCGGAAUGCCUCCUAUGACUGUGAGGUGGCGCAGGUGGGUUUGCCCUUCUGGGUGCGGGUAGCAGCAAUGAACAGUAUCGGCGAAGGCCCCGCGUCGGAUGCGUUGAAGCUCCGCUGCGCGCUGCCGCCGGGGAUGCAACCGGCGCCCAGUCAGCUGGACGGAGAUUUGAACUCCAUCAUCGUGGGCUUCGAUCCACAGAAUCUCCACGGUGCAGAGCUCUUCUUUCACCGAUUGACCUACGCCUUGUCGGACGACCUGGAGGGCAUCCUGGCGCCCACGCAGCUGGACGUGCCGGGCGCGGAGCAGCGAGUGAACAUCUCCGGGCUGCUGCCCUUCGCGACCUACGUGGUCAAGGUGCAGGCCAUCACCGAGGCGGGGACCUCUUUGGAUCCAGGUUGGCAGAGCAAUAUGAGCACCGGCUCAGUGGUGCUUUUGCCGCCGCCCAGCUACUUGUCCUCCGAUGGCAGUUUCUUGCAGCUGAGCCUCUCCAACUUGAGUGAUCGAGAAUGGCCGGAAGGCGAACGGCCGGGCUACAACGUGUACCUCACCGCCGACGACCGUGCCUGGCCAGCCACGCCCUGGGCGGUGGCCGACAGUUGGAUCUUCGAGCACGACUGCAGUCGGACGCCGGACUAUACGCAGCUGGACGGCAAUGGUGAUCCCGCCAUUGUGGACCAGAGCUACAACUUUGUUUAUGCGCGCGUGAGCUUGAGCACCGCCACGGGGCUCGGCUACUGGUCCGACGCGGCGACCUUCUACUGCUCGCCCUUGCCCGCGCAGCCGGCCCUCGAGGUCUUGAACUCCGAUGCGGAGCAGAUCACGCUGCAGUGGCCGAACCCCGAGUUGUAUGGAGCACCCUUGGUGGGCUACAACAUCUACAUGGACAAUGGCAUGGGUGGUGAGCUCACCUUCUACAAGCACGUGUCGGCACAGGAGGUGGCCCUCGACGAGACCAACAACACGGUGAUGCUCUCCCUCCACCCGCUGCCCACUGGGCGAUGGUUCCGGGUGAAUGUGACCGUCGCCACCGAGGCGGGCGAGUCGCCGGGGCAGCAGGUGGACGCCUUGACCUGCGACGCGCCGCCCACGCCGGAGGUGCUGAGGCUGUCCACGUCCACGUCUUUGAUUUUGAGGUGGAAUGCCAGCGUGGGCAGCCCUGUUUGUGCGGUGCAUGGCUACGAAGUGAUCUCUGAAGUUCUGAACAGCAGCAGCGAAGUGAACGCAAGCCUGGUCCUACUGAGCUACAGUGGCCUGGCGCCAAAUGACCUGGAGUAUCAAGUCGACAACUUGAUCUCCGAGGCGGAGUAUCGCUUCCGCGUGGUGGCCUCGGUGGCCUAUGGCACGAGCGCCAGUGGCUGGGCAGUGGCCACAGCGGCAGGGGUGCCAGAGAAGAUGGAACCCGUGAGGCACCUUUUGAACCUCUCCUUCUCCAGUGCCAUCUACCUGGAAUGGACUCCGCCCAACAUGAAUGGUGGCACCCCCGUCGGCUACGCGCUCCGGCGCGACGAUGGACCGGGCACCGCCUGGCGCGACAUGGAUUGCAUGGCAGUGGACUGCAGCAGCGGCUGCGAGCUGCAUUCCGUGCAUCGGGUGCCAGGCGCCACAGGUUGCUACGUCUCGGGUCUGCAGCCCGACGGCCUCUACCGCUUCGCGAUCCGCGCGGUGAACGCCUACGGCGCUGGGCCGCUCAGUGAGGAGGCGCUGGUCACGGUGGGCGCGCUGCCGAACGUGCGGGCGCCGCAGCUGGUGAAGGCAAGCUAUGAGAACUGCACGAUGAUAUGGGAGUGGCUUCCUGCAAUUGAGAAUGGCAAGCUGGUGCACAGCUAUGACCUUCAAGUGGAAGAUGCCAAUGCCUCGGGGGUCGCACCGCUGCUCAUCACGCUGGAUGGCAACGCCUCGGCACCCGUACGCACUACCACGGCCACAGUGAGCUCCGACACCUGGCGGGACGCCGUGCCGGGGCGCAGCUACCGCGCGGCGCUGCGCGCGCGCAGCGACGAGGCCAUCAGCGAGUGGUCGGAGUGGUCCGAGAGCCGCUUCUGCAUCAGCGAGCCAGGCCUACCGAACCCGCCCCAGCGCGACUGGUCGGUGACGGUGAAAGCCGGACGGGCGCAGCUGCUCUGGGACACCGUGACGGCGGAGAUGGCGGGCGACGACGAUCUCAGCGAGCUGGGAGUGUCCUAUGAGAUCUGGGGGCGCCCGUAUCCUCAAGGUGACCAGACCAGCUGGCGGAGACUGCACCAUUUGAUGGCACACGAGGGCGCGCCUGCCGUGGCCAUCGACACCUUUUUCGAGACCGCGGUGACCGCCGUGUGGGCCUUCAAGCUGCGGAUCGGCAACCGGAACGGCUACGGGCCCUUCUCGCAGGAGGUUUGGCUGAGCACCGGUCAGUUGCCCUCGGAGCCCGUGGCGCUCAGCGCCAGCGUGGCGCUCAACGGGCAGAUCGCGCUCACGUGGCGGGCGCCGGUGUCGGACGGCUAUUUGCCCCUCACCGGGUACCAGGCGCGCUGCGGGAGCGGCGGCUGGGAAGAAGUGGCGAACACCGAGUUCAGCCACCAGAUGCUUUUCUCCCCACCGUCCGGGCUGGUGACCUGCGAGCUGCGGGCCGUGAACGCCGUGGGGGCCAGCUUGGCAGCGCAGAGCUUCGUGACGCUGCUCUGA